AUGGACCGCCCGUAUGAUCUGAUUGUGUAUGGCGCCACCGGCUACCUGGGGUCUCUGGUAGUGCAGUACCUGUGGACUCAUGGUCCGCCAGCCCUCCGGUGGGCUGUUGCUGGCCGCAGCGAGCAGAAGCUGGUGACCCUUGUGGGCUGCUUGGACCAAUUCCAAUCACACCGCAAGCUGCCUCAUGUCAUGGUGGCCGCCCUCAGCGGCGAGGACUUGGGGCGCAUGGCCUCCCAAACACGCCUUGUGCUUAACACAGUCGGAAUUAUCCCACAAUGCGCUGUGGAGUCAAGCCCCCCGGACCUUAUGACGCUCCUUCUGGCACGCAGACUGCGCCGUCCUCUUGGGCCCAUGUUCUUCACAAUUCAGCAUUCCUGGACCGGUUACAGCGGGGGGACCAUUGCAAGCAUCCUCGCUGGCCUGGAGACGUACUCGCUCCGGCAGAUAAUGGCUGCCAGUGCACCACGCGCGUCCUGUGUCCCAGACGCCGGACCGCAUCGGCCUCAUCCCGCUCCGAACCUCCCAGUCCGACGGGAUCACUUUCUCGGCGACCUCACCUUCAACCCCUCCGCGACGGCGGAUCAAGCGGUCGUCAUGCGCACCUGGUCACUCCUACAGCGAUACGGGGACCGAACCGAACGAUAUGGGGACCAAUUCAGCUUCCAGGGCUAUACCGCUGCGCAGAGCUGGCUGCAGGCGUGGUCUUCGUUUCUCACCAUGUCCGUCGCGGUUUUCUGUACCCUGCUAUUUCCGCCACUCCGGUGGCUGCUUCGAUGGAUCUCCCCGCGACCGGGGACAGGGCCGCAGUUGAAACUGGGGGAGAGACAUUUCGUGGAAUGGAAGGCCACAGUCGCAGCGGAUGGGGCCGAUGUAAGCGAACCCAGCGCCUUGGGUGUCAUGCGCAUGAAUACGGAUGUGUAUAGCGUCUGUGCGACUUUAGUUAGUGAAGCCGCCUUGACCCUGCUGCAAGUUUUGGAAGGAAAGGAAGAGGGCUCGAUGGCCAAGAAAUUGGGAGGCGGGAUCCUCACCCCGGCAUCGUUGGGGAUCCCGUACGUGCAGCGGCUGGAAAAGGCAGGAUUGCAGUGGAAGGUGACUGAAAUCAAAGGAAAAGAGGAGUAG